AUGUCCACGCCCACUAAUCCCUCAAAUGGGCGCACUCCUACAGGCCCUCAUGGAGCUCCUCCCAUGAGGAUCCGUCGCCCCAAAGCCGCCGACCCGUUAGUCCGCCCAAAGAGAAGACCAAUGAGGCCAGCGGGAGCCGCUCCAGCCGCAGCCGCUCCAGUGGGCAAAACAGCGACCAAGACGCUUCCCUCGCGACCCUUGUCCUCGAACCCCCAGCCAUUAUCUCAGCCAUUGGAACGGCCUCGACCAGCCCCCGUGCGGGAUGAGCAUGCCGUGAACGGAUUUAGUGGCCCUCUCCUAUCAGAGAAAUAUGUCGACUACCCGGUGGUGACGACGAAGCGAGCCAUACGCGAGGGGCUGAAGAACCACAUCGCUCGCUUUGCCGCCAAGCGGGUUGUCGACCCACGCGAUGAGUCGCAGUUUACGCGCCCAGUGAGGCUGCAGCGCCGAGACCCGCGUUCCCGAAACCAUGACCAUAAUGCGGAGAGAAUGGUGGGCCCCGAUGGCCAACAACUGGACGAGGCAGAGCGAGAGGCGCUCGACGCGAGGAGAGCUGCGCGAGAGAAGGAGCGCGCCGAGAAUCUCGCUCAGAUCGCCCCGUCGGUUGGAUCUACCGCAAAGCGACCAAAUGCCCCAAAGCAGAAAACACAACAAGUCUUCAAAUCCGAUAUGACCCCCGAGGAGAUCGCAAGAGCUCGGAUUAAAUAUGAAGAAGCCCUACCCUGGCACCUCGAGGAUUUCGACAACCGCAAUACCUGGGUCGGUAAUUACGAAGCUGCUCUUUCGGAGACCCACGCAGUGUUCAUCCUCGAUAACGGCAAGAUGCGCAUGAUCCCCGCGGAGAAGUGGUACAAAUUCAGCGCCAAGAGUCAUUUCAAGGCCCUGACUAUCGAGGAAGCAGAGAAAUUUAUGGCGAAGCGGGUAAAAGACCCGCGCUGGUUCAUGGAAAAACAACAAGAGGUUGCACAGCAGAAGGAGCUGGAACAAUAUGCUAAAUCACGCAAAGUUUACGCCGGGAAGCAAGGCGCUUUGGCUGGACGAGAAGGUUUAGAAGCCAGUGAGAUGGAUUUCGAAGAAGACCGAUUCGCAGACGACGAGGAACACGACGACCUCUUCAAUGAGCAAGACGAAGAUACCAAGGCUGCUGAGAAAAGAAUCAAGGAUGAUCAACUCAAGGCGAACGUCUUCGACCUCAAGGAAGAAAAGGACUACGAGGAAGAAGAACAGCGGGAAAAGCGUGAACGCGAGGCCCGCCACAAACUUGGCAAGAAGAUGCGCAAAGCUCUGAAGAAAAGAGAAAGGAACUUUGAUUACAGCAGUGGUUCAGACGCUAACCCGUACAGCGAAGAGGAGAGUUCCGACGACAGUGAAACUGAACGGUUGAAGGAGGAGGAACGGAAAGCCGAAGAGGAAAAGAACCAGAAAGAAUCGGCUUCGUCCUCGACGAAAGGUGCCACUACGCCGUCCGGCCGUCCGAAGCAUACCGACCCUCUUAAGAAAUCUACCGCAUCUCGCAAGCGACUGGGCUCGCCCGGUGGCUCAGAUGCCAGUGGCACUGAUUCCUCUCGAAAGAAGGUUAAGAAUAAGCACUCCGCUCACCAGACUCCGCAGCCCACUUCAAGGCCAAUUUCGCCAUCUGGCGUGCAAGCUGGCAAGAAACGAGUUCGCAAUGUCCCACUGGGAGCGUCCGGGUCUGGCAGCGACAUUGAUGCUGUGGGAUCUGGUGCCGAGAUGAGUGAGAGUGGCAAAUCUAAGAAGUUGAAGCUGAAUCCGCCUUCUGGGGGUUCUCGCGGCCAAGGACGCGUGUCGACGCCUGGACCGAUGGGAAACAUCUCCUUCCCAACGCCCGCAGAGAUUCAUGCCGCUAUUCCGGCGACUGGCAUUACCAUCGUUGAACUACUUAGGAUCUUCCGUCCUCGAAUUGGCCAAAACCCGGAUAUUCACCGUCGUUUCACCGCCAUUGUCAAAGAGGUAAGUGUCUUCGGCAAAGAGGACCGAUUGCUUCGGCCGGGUCCUUGGAAGGGGACGUAA